AUGUCCGUAUGUGAAAAGAAACCAUCGGAUUUAGGUUCAGCAGAGACGGUUAAAAUGAUUGGUUAUCCUGAGUCAACAAUUUCCGUAAAUAGGGGUUGGCUAAAGUCAGGUACAUCACGAGAUUUCCCGAUAAGCAAUGCCAUCGG